AUGGCAAAGCUGCAUUUGCCUGGCGAUUCCACAGCCGAGAGGUUGCUUGGAUUUUUGCAGCUGCAUGUAUCGGCCGAGAUGCUCUCUCCCAAUCUGAGUGUGAAUUGCAGCGAGGGGAGCCCAGGGCUGUGUGGGCACAGGGGGGCUCUCUCUCCCCAGGAGCUGGGUCCAGCUUUCACCCUGAGCCCCAGCGGGCACCUGGUCGCCGCCGUGUGCCUGGGCAGCAUCGGGCUGCUGGGCUUCACCAACAACUUGCUGGUGCUGCUGCUCUUCUGCCGCUACAAGGUGCUGCACUCUCCCAUUAACCUCCUGCUCGCCAACAUCUCGGUGAGCGACCUGCUGGUGUGUACCCUGGGCACCCCGUUCAGCUUCGCCGCUAGCGCCCGGCAGCGCUGGCUCAUCGGGGAGCUGGGCUGCAUCUGGUACGGAUUCGCCAACACCGUCUUCGGCACAGUAUCAUUGAUUUCAUUGACUAUACUUUCAUAUGAUCGUUAUAUUACCAUCACUGGAGCCACAGAAGCCGACAAGACAAACUACAGCAAAGCAUUUGCAUGGAUUUCAUUUUCUUGGAUCUACUCACUGAUAUGGACAUUGCCCCCUCUAUUUGGAUGGAGUCAGUAUGGCCCUGAGGGACCAGGAACCACAUGUUCCGUGAACUGGCAUUCAAAAGAUACAGCCAAUGUGUCCUACAUUGUGUGUCUCUUCAUUUUCUGUCUGGUCAUCCCCUUUCUGGUGAUUGUCUACUGCUACGGAAAGAUGUUGUUGACAGUGAGGAAGGUAAGAGUAAGCAAUUCCACAGGGCGUGCAAGAGAACACAAGGUUCUGCUCAUGGUGACUUCAAUGGUGGCCUGUUUCCUGCUCUGCUGGCUACCUUAUGGAGUUGUAGCACUCGUGGCUACUUUUGGACAUCCUGGUCUGGUCUCUCCAGCUGCCAGCAUCAUCCCAUCAAUCCUUGCUAAGAGCAGUACUGUCUAUAACCCCAUUAUCUAUGUAUUCCUGAACAAACAGUUUUACAGAUGUUUCAAAGCACUGCUGACCUGUCAGUAUUCACAUAUUCGUAUAAGCACAAAAAGUAUGUCAAAGACUACAAAGAAUAGUGGCAAUAUCCAAAAGAAGAACACCAGCUUCAGAAGGGCUUCGGUUGCUCAGCGCACAUCUGUCAAUAAAAACCCAUAUAGCAUGAAAGAAGAUACAGGCAACAAUGCUUUAAGUGAAUUUUCAAAGCCACCAGUAUCUCUAGUGGUACGCUAUAAUGACUGAUCAAAUGGAGGCAUCUGAAGGCAAUUCCACGGUGUUUAACAUUGUUUUGUAAGGACCAAGUUUCCCUUGAAAAUUAAUGGAAUCCCAGACAGUGGCAGAUAAACAGCCUCUAAAACAAUAAAAAUGAAAUAGACACUGUCUAUGAUAAUUAAAAUAUAUAUAAAGAAACAUUAUGGACCCAAGGAAGCUUCUGGAUAUUGAGGAUCGGAACCUUGGCUGACUCUCCGAUUCCAGCUUAAACAGUAAAUUCACUUUGUUUGUUUCAAAAGUUGCUCAAUCCAAACUUAAUUUAUUGUGCUGGUAUUUUAAAAAGUAAUGGAGACCAUGGAGUUAUAAAAUUGGCAUUAU